AUUUUAGACUUCCUACCAGUAGUGAAGGAAUGAGCUAGAUCAGUGUUUGAAGUUUGCAUCUGCCACUUAUGCUUUGAAAAGUAAUGAGAUUAUGAAGAAAGUCAAGAGCUAAAGACAUGGCUCGGCAGUUGAAGAGCAUUGGCUGCUCCUGUAGAAAACCCAGGCUUGGUUCCCAGCACCCACAUGGUGGCUAACAACUGUUUGUAACUCCAGUUCCAGGAGAUCCAACACCCUCUUCUGAGUUCUGUGGGCACAAGGCACACAAGUGGUGUACAUACAUAAAAUGAAUAAUCUUUCAUUUAGUGAACUAUGCUGCCUCUUCUGCUGUCCACCUUGCCCAGGGAAAAUUGCUUCAAAAUUAGCAUUUUUGCCACCUGAUCCAACUUAUACACUAAUGUGUGACGAAAGUGGAAGCCGCUGGACAUUACACCUGUCAGAACGUGCAGACUGGCAGUACUCAUCUAGAGAAAAGGAUGCUAUUGAGUGUUUCAUGACUAGAACCAGUAAAGGCAACAGAAUCGCAUGUAUGUUUGUGCGUUGUUCACCCAAUGCCAAAUAUACCUUGCUCUUCUCACAUGGAAAUGCUGUCGAUCUUGGUCAAAUGAGCAGCUUUUACAUAGGUCUGGGAUCACGGAUUAAUUGUAAUAUAUUCUCAUAUGAUUACUCUGGAUAUGGUGCAAGUUCUGGGAAGCCAACAGAGAAGAAUCUCUAUGCAGAUAUUGAAGCUGCUUGGCUGGCUCUUAGGACAAGAUACGGCAUUCGUCCUGAAAAUGUGAUUAUAUAUGGCCAAAGUAUAGGGACAGUACCGUCUGUGGAUCUUGCUGCUCGUUACGAGAGUGCUGCUGUUAUUCUUCAUUCUCCAUUGACCUCGGGGAUGCGUGUUGCUUUUCCUGAUACCAAGAAGACCUACUGUUUCGAUGCAUUCCCAAAUAUUGAUAAAAUCUCUAAGAUAACCUCUCCAGUAUUAAUAAUUCAUGGGACUGAGGAUGAAGUCAUUGACUUUUCACAUGGCCUUGCGUUGUUUGAGCGUUGCCAGAGACCUGUGGAGCCUCUGUGGGUUGAAGGAGCAGGACACAAUGAUGUGGAACUUUAUGGACAAUACCUUGAAAGAUUAAAACAGUUUGUGUCACAGGAACUGGUAAAUUUGUAAAAUACUCUGUAAAUUUACUUACUGGGUUUUCUUUUCUUGCUGAACUGCAUUCUUUGGUAAAUAACAUAAAACCUGAAGGUUUUGUUUGCAAAUCAUGUAAGUUGCCUUCCUAAAUGUACAGGUAAUGAUUUGUUAACAGACUUAAUGAAGGUUUUAAUUACCAGAACAAGAAACUGGAAAUAACAAUAUCAUGCAGUCAGGCUGUGUAAUUUAUAUUUUUUCUGUGAAUUUUUUUUAAACAUCAAGAUGAGUACUGUAUGAAAUUUUAAUUCUAUAAAAUCAGAUGCUGUAAAAGUAUUGCCAAAUGCUUUUGCAUAUCAAUUAAAUUUAUAAAUAUUUUUAAAACAUCUCAAUGUACUAAAUAUCCUGGUAUAUAAAUGUAAUAUUCUUUCAAAAAGCUGUAUAUCUAAAGCAGUUCAAGUACUCAGAGUAAACUGUAAAAAAUAAAAAUAAAAAACAACAAAAACCACUCAAGUUGACUAGAGUUGACCUAAACCCUGUUGUACAGGGAUAGAGGCUUUAAUGGUUAUUUUAUUGUAAAAUACAUUGACUUUUCUGUAUUCUCUGGUUAUAAUACACUUAUCCUAAAAAAAUGAAGUCUUACUUUUUAUGCCAUCUGUUUGUUUACCAUCUGGUCACCUUGUAAAUGAGAAGUCCCGAUGGCACUGGAUUUUAACUAGUUUUGAUUUAUGUUUGGUACUGUGAGACAACUACUUAACAUUGACAUUCAGUUAUUUAAAAGGCUAUAUUUAGGGCUUCAGGAAAGAUUUUUGUAUGCAAUGUUGUUUUAAAUUUUGACUAAUCUCAUAGAAUUGUAGUAGUCUUCCUUAUAUGAAUACUUGAAAGUCUGUUAGUUAUUUUUCAAGAUCAAGGACAGACUGGCUGUUUGCUCCCUUUUCACUCUGGCUGUUUUUAAGUGUAGGGCCUAUUCUUUUGGAUUACUCUCUGAAAAUUUCAUGAAUUCACUCCAGAAUAGAGGAAAUAAGAAAACAUGUAAUUAAGUUUUAUAUUAACCAGUAUAGUAAAAACUAAAGCUCACACACAAAAACUAAGUUGCCUUUCCUUGAAUGAAACCUGCCUGAAUUAAACAAUGAAAGAAAAUAAAACUAACAGUAUGUAGUCUAAUUUCUAAUGAAUGAAAAUUGAAAUAAUACACACUGUGGAUGUUUUUUAAGGCCUUAUGUAGUUUUAAUUGUUCUGCUUGUUCUGUGGUUAUGUCUAAGACUAUAGUAUAUGAUUCUCUUCAAAGUAUAUCAAGUAUUGUGAAUGCUUUGGUUCUGAUGUGUCAAAUUAACAGUAAAACAACAAAUACAUC